AUGACGAACCAAGCAUUGGUGCCUCCAGAUCCUCCAGGUCACCACGUUUCAGACGACACAGCGCGACCUAUGGAUUCUGCUGGACAGAGAGCAAAUACUCCGGGCCGGUCAUGGUCACGCGCCGAAACCUCGAGCCAGACGUCACGUUCACCGGCGUCGACGCGAAGGAAACGCUUAUCAUUCUUUGGUCGGUCGAGCUCAGAGGCGACGAAGGAAGGUGCUCCCUCAAUCCAUUCCACCAUGAGCUCUCACAACGAUUCGCGACCCAGCACUGCUCGAAGUGAAAGUCGAAGAAGGACUGCAGAGCCGUUGGAAAACAUACGUAACUCUCUCCUUCGAGGACGAAGUCGUGCCAAUGCUGACGGUGCUGAUGGCGAAGUCAAUCCACCGCGACCGACUUCACGCUCCGUAGACGCAACUCGAUCCAGGUCUCGGCAUAGUACAACUCUGCGAUCAUUAGCCAGAUUCGAGAGGCCGAAUCCAAAACCCAUUGAAGAUCAAGAAAAAGAGUUCUAUCACCACCGGAAAAAGACUAGUAUCUCACCACCAUUCAACUUUCAGCAUCUCACACACACCGCUAGGAAGCAUUUACCGCGACUGGAGACUGUGGACGAAAGGGACCUGAAGACGAAGUUUUGGCAGCUCAAUGCCUAUCAGAGACCGAAGGGGCGUCUUACUGGGAUUAAAGCGGACGAUCUAGGCAACCGACCUCGGACAGGAAGCGCUUCCUCAGCGCAAAGACCAGUCACUCCAGAGCAAAGUAGCAAGCCAGCGAUGACGAACACCACACCUGUCGUGCCCGAAGUGACUCGCAGUCUAGACGAAACGUUGUUCGAUGAGACACAGGAGACGAACUUCAACCCAGAUGAUGCCUACACAUCUUUGGAGGAGGUCAACAAACUUGGAAUGGCCGAAGCACUGCCUUCGUCACCUGCGCCUAACUACUACUCUUCUAUGCUCGCUUUGAGGUCACCUACGUUGACUAACAAAUCACCGAGGCUCCGUACGUCAGGUUCUUUUGACAAUGCGGUUCUACCUCGGAGUUCUUCCCGAAGUGAAGCGAGGAGAGCACGAACCAGUCUUCCGGCUGGCCAAAGGCCCAUCUCUCAGCCUGCAGCAGAUGCGGAGGGCGGCAGUACUCUGAAAAAAGGACGUCUUGCGGGACAAAGCUUCCGUGAGAAGCAGCCAUUGCCGGCCAUUCCGCAAGAGGCGACAUCGACCCCGGCUGCCACAGUGGAGGUUAAAAACAGGCCUCACAGAGCGCCUUCUUACUCUUUAUUCCCCUCGGCGGCUACGAAGACAGAUGCGGAGAAGCCAGUGGAGGAACAAUCCGAGCAGACUGGACAAUCUGCACGAUCUCGAUCUGGAUCGAAAGGGAAACAGCCCGACUACGUUCUACCCAGCGAGACUAAACGGUCGUCUCGGUCAACACAUGCAACAACUACAUCGAAGUCCUUCAGCUCGCUUGGUACGGACAUUCUAGGAGACUCGAGCUGGGAAGAUGACAUCGACUUUGCCUACGAGCAAGCAGCGGAAGCGAUGUGCAACUUCGACUGGAAGACUGCUUCUGUCAUAUCAUCGAAGAAGACGAAUGAGAGUGAGUCGACGUUACCAUCUGUGCGACCAUCGCCUGACCUCAAUGGAAGUGGCGCGAGCAGUCAAGGCGGUGGCAUACGACUGUCAGCGUGGAUAGAUCGACCAUCCGCGUUCGCUUCAAAUAGCUCAUUGAGCACGAGACAAACGUCUGAUACGUCCGUGCAUACCCAAGCGAGCACCAACAGUGAGGCACCGUCCGUCAACGCACAGCACAAGCGCGGAACCUCUGUUGGCCAUAAAGGAUUCCUGGCUGCUCGCAGCGUGUCCACUGAGCCUUUACGCAAAAGUCCCGAUUUCUCACCCCAAUACACAUCCUCCCAGGCCAAGACACCACCUCCAAAGUUCAGCUUGACGGAAGCCGACGAAACAGUCGGUGGGUCGACAUACAGCCCAGCUACCAGCACUACGCACUUUCCUAUCAUUGACAGCACAAUCCCAGAAUACCUCAGCGAUCCCGAGUCUGAUCGACCCGGAGGCGCGCGGCAUCGCAAGUCCAGCUCGUACGGGUCAUUCGAGAGCAGCCAAAAGUCAACACAGUCCUUGCAAACAGGCAGCGACACGACGCGCUGGUCAUCAGCAUCCACCAGCUCGAUGCCAGAUCUCAUGCACAGCAAGCGCAAAAGCAGAUCGAGCAUACAGCUACGUGGUAGAGUCUCCCGACCUCUCGAGUCCGUCCCUCACAGUCCAGACGCUGAGUUAGUGGAGUUCUGCAACAGAGAUGGCGUAGUCCAGCGUGACAGCUUGAAGUUCCCAUCGAACUGGGAACGCGCUUCACCAGACCCUAUCGUGAUGCGCAGGCCAGAAGGAGACGACACGUCACUUCUCCUCUCCGCAGGAAGGACUGUUCAGAGGGACCGCUCGUCGACGCCCUCGAACCCGAGGCAUAGGUCGCGGAGCAAUACCAGUGUGCCGCCUCCCACGCAGGAGGAAGCUGGAUGGAUAUGA